AUGGCCGUACUGUUCGUGCUAGUUCUUGUGCUCGCAGUAUCUGGAUGCGCCGCCGGCGACGACGAGGCCAUGCUGCCCCGGUUCAAGCUCCGAGACGUGUCCAUGAACGGCUGCGGGAACUUCGUGAGCCUCCUCAACAUGACGGCCAACGCGAGCGACAUCUCCCAUUCCCAGCGGCCCGUCCUCGUCGGUGGCGGCAGCGGGCUCGCGGUCUUCUGCCCGGACGAGGCGUGGCAGGGGCUCGUGGACCUCAUGUCCAAGAACGGCUGCGGGAGCUUCGCGGGCCUCCUCUCCGCGACGGCGAGCGCGGCCGAGAUCUUCCACGAGCACCUCCUCGGCAGCGGCGGGCUCACGGUCUUCUGCCCCGACGACAAGGCCGUCGCCGCGUUCGACCCCACAUUCCAAAGCCUCGCCGCGGGCGACCGGGUGGCCGUGCUGCUGUACCAUGGCGUGGCGGCGUGCUACGGCAGGGAGCGGUUCAAGGGGUUCAACUAUGUGUCGGUGCACACGCUGGCGGAGGACGCGGCGACGAAGAAGAACCAAGCCAUAACAGUCCGCGACGAAGGGGGCGCGCUCGCGCUGUGGCCGGCGCCGCCGUCGUACCCGAACGGCGGUGCAUGGGUGACCAAGACGGCCUCGGAGGAUGCCCCGCUCGCCGUGUACGUGGUGGACACCGUGCUGCUGCCGAGCACGGUGGCGUGCAUCGGGUAUCUGGGCUGGCUGCGCUGCUCCAUCGCCCCCUUCUCGGACUGGAUUAUGCCGAUCUGCAUCAUGUCUUCCGCAGGGGGCCUGGUGGGCGCCCUGCUCGGAGUUCUUAUCGCCGAAUUCCUCAUCCCCAUCGACUGA